AUGGCAAGCAUGGGCGACGCCUCAGGCCCCAUGCCGGCCAUCCAAGAUAUGCGUGCGCCAAGAGGGGUUGCAUCCUCCGGCCCGCUCCUGAUGCCUCGCGGCUAUGCCCAGCCGAGCCUCAGCCGCUUCCCUAUCGACGGCUCCGCCCUCGAUCGGCUCGACAAAUGGCUCUCGCGUCCCGCCUUCCGGCUGCGCCUCGGCCAUUUCCCAGAGCUGGUCUUCUCUGUGCCAGCCUGCUGCUUUGGCUACCCGCUGGCCGCCGCACCGCUCGCCCUCUGGCUCGCACUGCUGGCCGGCGGCUCUCCCAGCCCGACCGCGUGGGCUCUCGCCGCAGCUGCAACCGCAGCCGUCCUCGGCCUGCACCUGCGGCUGCUCCUCACCCACGACGCGGCGGCACCGGCCGCCACCGCCGCGCGCGCUGCGCGGUCCGUCUACUCGGUGCCUGCAAUCCUGCUGACGCCUCCGGCCGCGGUUGCCGCUGCACACGUGCUGGGUCUCCCCGGCCGCGGCGCCGCGCACGCCUACCUGACUCUGUGGUACGCCUCGAUCGCGCCGGUGCUCAUGGCCAAGCGGCUGGCUCGGCGGCGGCGGCCGAUCGCCUCGGCCGACGUGCCGCCCAAGGCGCUGCCCGCGAUCCGCGCCAUCCUCGAGCACGACGCCAACGCGUCCUUCCCGAGCGGCGACGCGGCCGGCGCCAUGAGCUUCGCCUACCCGGCCCUCCGCUGCGCCGGGCUGCCGGCGGCCGCGAUCGGGUGCCUCCUGCUCGCCUGCUUCGGCCGGCUGUACUACGGUGCCCACCACCUGCUCGACGUCGCCGCCGGCGCCCUCCUCGCGCUACUCACCAGCGCGGCGGCCGAGCUGCUGCUGCUGCCCGCAGGGCUGUGCGCCGCGGCGUGGUGGCACCCGCUGGUGGCGCAGGCGUGCGUGCUGGCGACCGUCAAGGCGCUCCGGCUUGACGCGAAGCUCGCGAGGACUGCAGCGGCGGACCGGUGA